UGGUGGGCUCAACCUCACCUUGGGGAGGUGCCCACUGCCCUCUUUGGGGCUCACAAUGUGCUUGCCCAGCUGGCCACAGCUCCCACCUGCCUGGGAAGGUAUCUGCCCUCCUCACCGGCCCCCACUGGCUCUGGGACUCACUCACCUGUUCCAGGGAUGUGGUUCAAAGGGUGGCCCUGAGCCCUGGGAACAUCCAGCUGGGACCAGCGCUUGCCUAGGCCAGGAUUUCAUGGCCACAUGGAAAAAAAGCUCUAGUGCCAACAGAUCUGAAACAGAUCUGGCACAGGAUGACCUCCCACACCCCAGGCACUGGUGCCCAUCCCAGCAUGUCCAGCCCCACUGCUACCCCAGCUGUGUGCCCGUAAGCAGCCCCCCAUCACAGCCCCAUGGUGCUCUCCCCUCUCCAGCUCCACAGGCUGCAGUGAGAACUGACACAGCUCGUUACAGCAGCAGCCCAAGCACCCCAGGUGCCUUUCGACAGUCCCUUCCCACAUCCCUGUUUGUAAGGGGCACGACGUGUGCUGGGGUUGGUCUGUCACUGCUGCCCACAGCUGACACAAGGCCACAGGGGGACCUUGACCAGCCUAGCUACAAGCCACGUGGCCUCCUGGCUUCUAUAAAGCUCGUGGUCCCCAGGGCCUCAGCCUGAAUCUGUCCAGGAUGGCAUUCCUGUGGGUAGUUGCUUGCCUGGCCCUUGCCAGCACCGUCUCUGGGUGUGGGGUGCCCGACGUCAGUCCCUCAGUGGCCUACAGCGAGAGGAUCGUCAAUGGGCAGAACGCCGUGCCCGGCUCAUGGCCCUGGCAGGUGUCCCUGCAGACCUACACAGGAUCCCACUUCUGCGGCGGCUCCUUGAUCAACCAGUACUGGGUCGUCACAGCUGCCCACUGCAACUUCAACCCGAGCGCCCAUGUCGUCGUCCUUGGGGAAUAUGACCUGAGCUCCAGCGCCGAGGCUGUUCAAGUGAAGACUGUGUCCAGGGCCAUCACCAACCCCGGCUGGAACGCCAACACCAUGAACAACGACAUCACCCUGCUGAGGCUCUCCACGCCCGCCCAGCUGGGAUCCACUGUGGCCCCCAUCUGCCUGGCCCCCGCCAACCUGGUUCUGCCCUACAACGCCCAGGCUGUCACCACCGGCUGGGGACGCACCAACCCCAACUAUCAAGCCUUGGCAACGUCCCUGCAGCAGGUAGUCGUGCCCCUGAUCUCCCAGACCCAGUGCACGCAGUACUGGGGCAGCCGCAUCACCAGUGCCAUGAUCUGCGCCGGCGGGGCCGGUGCCUCCUCCUGCCAGGGUGACUCCGGUGGACCUCUGGUGUACCAGAGUGCCAAUGGCUGGAUUCUGAUCGGCAUCGUCUCCUGGGGAACCUCCAACUGCAACGUCUACACUCCGGCCAUGUACACCCGCGUCAGCCAGUUCCGCAACUGGAUCGACUCCAUCAUCGCUUAGGGGUGAAGCUGCUGGCACUGUGAUCCCUUCACUGGGAUUAAUAAAGUAUCACAGUUGGCUUGUG